UCUCACUCCAACUUUAUCCCCCUUUUCUUAUCUUUUUAUCGAUGUUUCUCUCAUAAACUAAUAUCUGUAUAUAUAUACACCCACGUCCCAGUGAUAACAAUGGCAUCGUUUUCAUUCUAAAUUUAAUUAUCAUUAUAUCUAUGAUCCAUCAGGACUUAUUUUUCCAUUUGAUUUUACAGCUGCAAAACAUGAUAGUUAUUCUAAUUAUAGCCAGGAAUUAAGUAGACAUAAUCAUGAACAAAUAGUUACGUCCAUUUCUUUUUUUUAUUUCUUCUGCAUUUCUAGUGGUAUUUCACACACUGACCUCCUCACUAAUAUAAACUUCCCUCCUGGUCGAUCAACUGACUCUGUUCUCCCCCACUUGCUCAAAGAUAGUAAAGUCUUUUUCCUUUCAUACCAGCUAAGUUAAUAUCUGUGCCUGGGAAGGGCCCUAUUCAGUCCCCAAUUAACCUUUCGUGCAUUCCCUGUAAUAUAAAUACGGAAAAGAACGGGGCUACCGACUCUAUGAUAGUCCGACCUAACCUAUACUGGGAAGAAUUCGAUGCUUUGAGACGAGGGGUAGGGAGGGCGGCAAGUAGGCAAAAUGGGUCACUCUUCCACUGAACUCUGGCGCUCCCGCCUCCUACAGACCUCUUCAUUGCGACGUCCACUAUCUUUUGCCACAUCAUCAUUAUGGUCUCUUCUGCUUACAUCCUAUUCAAUCUCUACUACCCGCUCAUCGAAGAUCGUAGCCUCUCCUCCUCUCCCUUCGACCUUCGGAGGCUGGGAAGACACAUUUUCAGCAGGUAAGUGACGGUGAAACUCUUCUGAGGUCUGUUUCCUCCCAAACGUCCCGCAGCGGACACAGCAGCGACCCUUCAGGUCCUGAGAAACUACAUCGGGUCGACCUUCGCCAUUGUGGGCCUCAUGUUCAUCCUGAGGGAACUGUCCCACGGCUUCCUACUGAUGCUGGGGCCCUCCAAGAAGGAAGAAGAGCAGCAAGGCGGCGGGAUGGCGGAAGGGGGCGAGGGAGGUGCCGGAGAAGAGACGACGGAACCGGACGGAACCGAUAUGGAGACGACCACCAUGCCACCUGAAAUGUACGACUCGUAUUCGUACUACAACCGUUACGACUACUACUACUACUACCCUCCUCGGGGUUACCGAAGUUUGAGGGACAGUGAGCCGUUCAUAGCCCGUGUCCUCAACAGCCUUGACGUAGUGGAGUCAACAUUCAGUAUGUUAGACAUCGAUGAACCCGUCUGCCGAAAGCGGGCCAUCUGCGAAGUUCAGAGGACAGCUUCCACCUACCCGCUCCUUGGCGACUAUUUGAAGUAUUUAAGCCAAUCUCUCCGAGGUCUGGAUCGGUACAGAGAAGCCCAAGACGCUGGAUCGGUGCUGGAAGACUGUGCCCUCCUCUUCGCAGACUGCCCGUAUUCAGUCUUGCCCAGAGAAGGAAUUAAAAAGGAAUAAAUUGAAAACAUUUCAUCCCCGGCAACAGCAGUCUACUUUCCGUUGUAUCCAUUACUCUGUGCAUUUUUGUUAACCGAUUUUUGUAACUAAUCAUCACUGAUUGAUUGAUUUAUGGUUACUAAAACUCGCGUUACGAAACUAUCACAAGUGAAGAGAAUUUCUCUUAUUUGACCUUCAGAAAAGUUUGUUUAUAUUCUAUUUUACUCUGCUUAUCUGAUGUAUGUUUAGAGCAAUGAUGUAUGUAUGUAUUUAAGUAUGUAUUUCACUGGUACACAUUCAUAACUGGGUAUACAUUUAGGCUAUAGACCGGACUUUGCAAAUGCGAGACAAGUGUCUUGUCACUUGGCUCUUUCCGAUAUUGCUAUUUCAUCUUUCAACAAAUUUUUUCUAAGACUCAUACCCGAGUAGUUUAACCCUCUUUUCUUUUGUCAUUUUAAAAACUACCAUUGUUUGACGUAUAUACGUAACUUAUUUAAUAUUUAUUUUGUCUCCGAGUUUAAGUUAGUUAUGCUUUCAAUGAAUUCACUAUUAUUAUUAUUAUUAUU